CAAUGUGACAGCGGAGAAUGGAGAUGACUCCGCGCGCCCGGUGAGCUAUCACCGCGGCGAGCGACACGCAGCAGUAGGUCGGUGCGUUGUCCCUUCGGAAGACGGGGGAGUGCUGAAUGAAAACUGGAGGAAUUACCGGCUGGAGAGGAAUGGCCGAUCCUCUGCGGAGGACUUUACUAGCGAAACUUCGGGGGAAGAAAGCCAAGAAAGGGGCGACAGCUGGUGGUGGAUACUGCGCCGCCGCCGCCGCCGCUGCCGCCGCCGCCGCCGCGAACGGGGAGCGAGAAGCUUUGAUUGAGAAUCUCCAGGGGCCCUGUGCUAACGGCCGCGAGGUGGGGAGGGCCACCGAGUCGUCAUUAUGGCGACCGCCGCUCAACACCAUCACUGUCUCAAAGAAGCGCAACUGGCUGCAGCAGAGCUCCCUGGGGAGGACUCACGGUGCCAGGGAGGAGCCCCAGGGAAUUCUGGGAGCUGACGAGGAGAGCAACCAGAGCUCCAGCAGACCUCCUCCCCCUCCUAGUCCCUCCCCUGACCACCUGAGGCCCCCAGGGGGAGGCGCCACACGCCCACUCCGUUUGCACCUGCCCAUGGUUAGCGUUGGCCAGACCAGGGUGGCUCCCCAGCCUCGGUGCGUGGACCCAGCUGAAGAAAACGACGCAGACGACGAAGGGGAGAUCUGGUACAACCCCAUUCCUGAGGACGAUGAACCCGAAAUGCCCCACAGACAAGCUGUUAGACUGACGGUCCCCCCGAGACAGGACUCCCAAGCCCCCCAGAGGCGGCCCAGCAGGGGCGGGGAUGCGGGUCAGUGCGUCAAAGCCCUGGAGGGCUCCUGCAGCGGUGGGUCGGAGGCGGUGGCAGAAAGCUUGGCUGUUGGUGUUGGAGGUGGAGGAGAUGGGAGACAGGGGAAUGCCGUACAUUCCACAGAGGCAGUACAUCUGCACAGACAGCUGCUCGCGUGCAAACCUCAUGAGGAGGGGGGGCCUUGCACCAGCGGAGCCACAGAUGGCACUGACCUGCCAAAUGGAGCUGGCUUCUCUCCUCCAUCCAGCCCAAAUCCAGCCAAGAAGAGCAGCUCCCUCAAUUGGUCCUUCCCAGAUAAGAUCAAGUCUCCACGCACUGUCAGGAAAAUCUCCAUGAAGAUGAAGAAGCUUCCAGAGCUCAGUCGGAAACUCAGCGUCAAGGGGACCCAGAGUAUUAGUAACAGCAAUAACGGCAACGGAAGUAGCCAGUCGGAGCCCAGGUCCCAUUCUCCAAGAACCGAUAGCAGUGGGCAAGAGGUUGUGCCCUCAGGUUCUCCUAGGUUGUCUGCAUCUGGUGGCGGGCAGGUUGCAGCUGCAAGCCGUAAUGUCAUCUCGCGCUACCACCUGGACAGCAGUGUGUCUACCCAGCACAGCUUUAGUAAGAAGAAAAACAACAGUGGGUCAAAGUCAGCCAGUAAAGGCGGCUAUCUUAGUGAUGGUGACUCACCGGAGCUGGUGGCCAAGUCUGGGAAGCACGGCUCUGCAGAGGGGAAGGGAAGCAAAAGCAAGGAGAUUGCUCCUGGAGGUGGAGGUGAGAGGACAGGAGCAGCAGGAGGAGGAGGAGGGGGAGGUGGAGCAGGAGGAGGAGUGGGAACUGGAGGAGGGAGCCCCAAACUUCACGGCACAGAGCUAGACAUUGAUGCCUUCCGCCAUUACAGCUUCACAGAGCAGCCCAAGUGCAGCCAGUACAUCUCAGGCCUGAUGAGCCUGCACUUCUAUGGAGCCGAGGACCUCAAACCACCACGAAUCGACUCUCGGGACGUCUACUGCGCCAUCCAAGUGGACUCAGUUAACAAGGCGCGAACCGCACUCCUCACCUGUCGAACCACCUUCCUGGACAUGGACCACACCUUCAACAUUGAGCUCGAGAAUGCACAGCACCUGAAGCUGGUGGUGUUCAGCUGGGAGCCCACACCGAAGCGCAACCGUGUCUGCUGCCACGGCACGGUGGUUCUGCCAGCACUCUUCAGGGUGACGCGCUCCCACCAGCUGGCGGUAAAGCUGGAGCCACGGGGGCUGAUUUAUGUGAAACUGAGCCUGAUGGAGCAGUGGCAGAACUCGCUGGAUGGGGGGCCGGAUGGAGACAGAGAGCCCCACGUAUUUGGGGUGGAGGCAUGGAAGGUGGUGGAGAGGGAGGGCACAGGACUUAUGGUCCCAUUACUGAUAGACAAGUGCAUCACGGAGAUCGAGAAGAGAGGCUGCCAGGUGGUGGGUCUCUACCGUCUCUGUGGCUCCGCAGCUGUGAAGAAGGAGCUACGUGAGGCCUUUGAGAGGGACAGUUAUGCCAUUGAACUCUGUGAAAACACCUACCCAGACAUCAAUGUCAUCACAGGUGUGUUGAAGGACUAUCUGCGCGAGCUGCCCUACCCUCUGAUCACCAAGCAGCUGUAUGAGGCGGUGCUGGAGUCCAUGGCCAGGAGGCCUCUGCGGAUUGGUGCCGCCGGCUGCGAGAACGACCAGGCCGACACAGAGCACACCGUCAGCCUGCUGGACAAUCUGCCAGAGGUGGAGAGGGUGACGCUGCGGAAACUCCUGGACCACUUGAAGCUGGUGGCGUCGCACCAGGAAGUGAACAAGAUGACGUGUCAGAACCUGGCGGUGUGUUUCGGGCCAGUUCUCCUCAGCCAGCGCCAGGAGGCCUCUUGUCACACGAACCGAGUCUUCAUUGACUCUGAGGAGCUCGCCAGCGCCCUGCACUUCAAAAAACACAUCGAGGUCCUCCACUACCUUCUCCAGCUUUGGCCAGUAGUGGACCCACACCGCCGGCCCUCCGCCACCCCUGCAGCCCCUGCCCCACCUACAGCUGACCUGCUUGCAGUCCCUCCUCUGCGCCGGAGAAAAGAGCGCCCCCAGCUACUGAACCUGAGUGAUGCGGAGAUGGCAGGCGUCUUGAGGCCCAAGCCAGGGCGCCUGGACAGCCCCAGCAACCGCUAUGCGGGCGACUGGAGCAGGUGCGGCGAGAGCUACUUCCCUCCCGAACUCCUGCCGCCUCCCAGCAAAGAGGAGGCAGACUAUGACGAUGUGCCCUCUGAGGAUGGGGAGGUGGCAGAGGAGGGACAGGAGAAGGCAGAGGACAGAGGACAAGAGAGAGGAGUGGAAAAAGGACAAGAUAAAUGGCGGGAGAGGGACCAGGAGGUCCUAAACCCUGCACAAUCUCCUGCUGAGCAGGAGCAGCCUCUGGGAGAGGAGGGCGUAGGACUGACAGCAGAGGAGGAGAAGGAAGGUGAGGAAGAGGAGGAGGAGGAGCGGAGAGAAAGCGACGGCUCGGGCAGCAGUCAGCCCUCGGAGGAGGAGGAGAGGGUGUCGGAGCACAUCUUGCCCCCAUGUCUCCCCAAAGAGCACACCUACCAGGCCUACAUGAAGAUCCAGGAUAUCAGCCCGGUGCUCAGCAACAGGGUCAACCUGAGAGACCUGCAGGAGAGCAUCGACACUCUCAUAGGAAACCUGGAGCGGGAGCUCAACAAAAACAAGCUCAAUGUCGGAUAUUGACACAUACCGUGCUCAUACACAGAGGCACACGUUGACAAGCGCACACACACACACACUCACACACAAACGCAAAGCCUGUUGGGGGGAAUGGACUGACUUUACCCGUCAAGGUGCUUCAGGAUGCAGCCACGUCAUUUCUGCAGAGAUUCUGUGACGCCGCCAUGAUAAUGUGGUGGUAAUGUAACGCAUGGUGCUGUUUGUUCCUGUAACAAUGUAGUGUGCGAGAUAAUGAGCUACAGCAGGCCGCUUCGGCUUUGUGAGUGUCCUCCUGUACCUUACUCAUAGACAUUCCACAUGGUUUUUGUUUGUUGGCGAUGUUCUGUUUCCAAGUCUGUGUGCUUCUCUUCUUAUUAGAAGAACCCAUUGACCCCCAGGGGUGUAAAAGGUGCCUUAGUUGAGCGAAGGUGGUACUUCAAGGGGAGAAAUACACCCUAAAACACAGCACACAUUUGGCGCACCUAUGAUCGGUCUUAGAAAGCAACUCUGGAAACCGGCGCCACCCUACUGACAGCUGAAUUUGAUCCCGAUUUCGAGGACACCCCGUUUGGGGAGACGUGGCGUGUCAGUUUUACGUCUAAAUAAGCUAUAUUUAUCAUCGCAGUUGGAGGUACGAACUAGGAAACGGUCCGACACAAACUGUAAAGUCACCCCUCGGUACUUCCUGUUUCACUGUCAGUAGGGAGGGCCAGGACUACAGGAUCUCUUACGAAUUAUGAUCAGGUACGUGCAGUCCAGGAUCAUAGAGUAAG